ACAUGGUUACAAACAAAUUCCUCAAAAUCGCUCAAAGUAAUUAAUCUCCUUGGAAAUUACUAAUGCUGACUUCGGAAGGGCAUGUGGCCCCACACCAUUACUUGUUCGCCAACUCUGUGUUGUUGGCCUGUUCCUGAGCUCUCUGCCUCUCUCCCCCGACUCACUGGAUCUCGCGUCGUCAACCCAUUGAUUCACUCUCCGAGUUCCUUCACAUCUUCCUCACUCUUAAUUUCUUCGAAUUCUCCGAAUUAGGGUUUCUCCGCCCUAAAACCUUAUACCAAUUUCCACUUCUGUUUUACUAUCGAUCGUUAGUUUUUGCAGGGUUUGAAUUUAAGGAAUUUGGGGCUAGCAUUGGGGAUAUUCUGAAAAGCAUGAAUUACAUCCUCGGAGCAUUCAAACCUGCCUGUCAUAUUUCGAUUACAUUCGCAGAUGAAAAGAAUCGAAAGAAGGUUCCAAUCAAGAAAGAAAAUGGUCAAACUGUCAUGGUUCCGCUCUUCCAAAGUCAAGAGAACAUCGUUGGCAAGAUAUCAGUAGAGCCCGUUCAAGGGAAGAAAAUUGAGCACAAUGGCAUUAAAGUGGAGCUUCUUGGCCAAAUAGAGAUGUAUUUUGACAGGGGGAACUUCUAUGACUUUACCUCUCUAGUUCGUGAAUUAGAUGUCCCUGGUGAAAUAUAUGAAAGAAAAAGUUAUCCCUUCGAGUUUUCCACCGUUGAAAUGCCAUAUGAAGCAUAUAAUGGAGUGAAUGUGAGACUGAGGUAUGUUCUCAAAGUAACAAUCAGCCGUGGUUAUGCUGGAAGUAUAAUAGAGUACCAUGAUUUUGUGGUUCGCAACUAUUCUCCACUACCGUCAAUUAAUAAUAGCAUCAAGAUGGAAGUUGGAAUCGAGGAUUGCCUACAUAUUGAGUUUGAAUAUAAUAAAAGCAAGUACCAUUUGAAGGAUGUUAUCAUAGGAAAAAUUUAUUUUCUUCUUGUAAGAAUCAAGAUAAAGAAUAUGGAUCUUGAGAUAAGGCGCCGCGAGUCCACUGGUUCAGGUGCAAACACUCAUGUUGAAACUGAGACACUUGCCAAAUUUGAGUUGAUGGAUGGGGCACCAGUCAGAGGUGAAUCGAUUCCUAUAAGACUGUUCCUAAGUCCAUAUGAGCUGACGCCUACACAUCGUAACAUCAAUAACAAAUUUAGUGUCAAAUAUUACCUUAACCUUGUUCUUGUUGAUGAAGAGGAUCGUCGGUAUUUCAAGCAACAGGAAAUCACAUUAUACCGCCUUGCUGAGAACUCUAGUUAGUUAUCCUUGUUUGGUUUAAUCUAUUUCCAUUAUAAUGAUUCACUUUUCUGGAUGCUGAGGGAAACAUCUGUUCUAAAUCUGGCAGAGUGGAGUGUGGUUGUUUUUUCUGGAAAGGGUUUGGUCUUAAAGCUGUAUCUUCAACUCUUUGUGGUAUAUUUUAGUUUUUUUAGCCGUUUUUUCUUUCCAUAAUCCUGUUUAUCUUGCUGUACAUCAGGUGUGGUUGAUGGUUUAAUAGCAUAUUGUAUCCCUGAAUCUCUUGUGACCAGUUUUGCGUUUCUGAAACUGUAUUUUGAUGCUGCUUCUAAUUUUCUAUAAUACUUGCUAAUUUGCUA